AUGACAGGUCUUCUCAUCCCUGCCAGGCACAGCGGGGAGCCGAGAGGCACCUGCAAAGCGUGGCUAGGGGAGGAGGAGAGGGGCGCGUCCGUCCGGAACUGGGCCCGGAAGCCCCCGCGACCCCCGCCCCGGGUCCCCCCUCGCUUUGGUUCCCCCCCCCUCCCUUGCGCGCCUGCGCCCUGCCCCGGGGAGCGCGCGGUCCCCGGCCGUGGUGCCGGCGGCGUGACGUGGGUCCGGGGCCCCCCGAGCCGUGACGCAGGCGUGGGGUGCGGGGGGUCCCGCGCGGGUGACGCAUCGUGGCCUCUGCAAAGCGCCGGGGCUCCUUGCGCCAAGGAGGGGAGUCGAGGGCGGCGGGUGGCUCCGCACUGGUUGUGCCGAGUGUUGGUGACGCUGCUGAGCCUGUGUGAGGGUUUCUGGGCUGUGCCCGGCCCCCGGCUACGGCCUUCGGAUCCCCGAGCCGAGUUCGAUUCCAUCGUCCACCUGGCAAGAAACCUGCUGAGCGACACCAAGAACCUCUUCAAUCACUUUAAAAACCGCUAUCCAGCUGAGGGAGAACACAAGCUGGAGACCCUCCCCGUUUUGUCCAUGAAUGCCGUGGAACUUGCCAACAUCCAGGUCUCUGGCGGUCUGGCCCGGCUCAGCUCUGACCUGCAGUGCUACCAGCGCCACUUUGAGUGGCUGCGCAAAGCCGCGCCACUACUGCGGCCUAUGGAGCAUGACAUUGGCACGGUGCAUGUCCGACUGGAACGCCUGCUGAAGAGGCUGGAGCACCUGAUGGUGAAGCUGAGCCUCCCGCGGACCGAUGCCCCUCUGCCCACCCUCCCGUCCCACGGCACUCAUUGGUCCGUGGUCCAAGCCGGACACGCCAUCGUCCACUCGUUCCACCUCUACUUGGACUGGGCAGCCCGCGUGCUGGUUCUGAUUCGGAACAAGCUGUGA